GACAAUAUUAAUAGUCCAAUGUUUUCAAUUGAUUGGAAGUUCUAUUAUACAUGUUAUGAAUUGGAAAAAUUCCUCCGGGACGAGCCGAAGGUCGACCUGCAGGCGACUUGGUUCGACUGCCUGGACGAUCGGAACAUAGACUCGCUGAGUACGAGUUCGGCGGGGUCGGCUUUCUCCUGGGAUUCGCCGCUUUCGUGCGCCGUGAUCGUGAAGCAGGAGGUGGACGAUGAGGACGAAGACGAUGAUGAUCGGUAUGAGGGUGUGCGGUCUGAUAGCGCCGACGAGCUGCGCACCUUUGCCAGCAGGCUCGUGGGGCGGACGACGUCGACGACGACGCUCACGCCGCCCUCGAGUCCGGACUCAGCCGGCCCCGGCCAUAACUCCAACGGUAGCUCCAGCGCUUCUGAGCUGGAUCGCUGUGCGCUCCGUAAUGUGCAGCGCAAUGCCGCCGCCAUUGUCCGACUACGGACUACCACCGCCGCCGGGCUUACGCGCAUCAUCUCCGUGAUGCCGCGGCCUCCGACCGGUUCCCCAACGUCGUCGCCGGCGACAGCCGCUGCCGCCAAACAUGCCCGCCUCGACCAUUCACCCGAUUCCAAGCGGCGGAUACACAAGUGCCAACAUCCCGGCUGCAAGAAGAUCUACACCAAGUCGUCGCAUCUGAAAGCGCAUCAACGAACACAUACCGGUGAAAAGCCGUACAAAUGCACGUGGGAAGGCUGCGAAUGGCGGUUCGCGCGCUCCGACGAGCUAACGCGCCACUACCGCAAGCACACCGGCGCGAAGCCGUUCAAGUGCCGCCAUUGCGACCGCUGCUUCAGCCGCUCCGAUCAUCUCGCGCUACACAUGAAGCGUCACGCUUAAAGCGCCGCCGCCGCCGUAGAAGAAGUGCCGCUCCGGAGCGAAGAGGGCGUCCGCCAUCACAUCACUGCCAGUUACCGCUAAUUGUACAUAUUUACAAACACACUUAAAACAAGAUGCAGACGCGCGCAGCACGGCCGAACAUCGAGUGUUUCAUCAAUCUGUGGAAAAGACACAAUAUAUUGUAAAAAACAUAAUGAUAAGCACAAGAACAACGGAAUGAUGGCUACGGUAGGAGCGCAUUUCUAAUAGCGUGCAAUGAUGCCAACACAUUCGAGACGUUCGAAAUUAUGUGAUGAUGUGUUACAUCAGUGAUGGUCAUUCCUGUGAUCGACUUCGUUCUCGGCUCAUCCUGCGUGAGAGAGCCAACGAGAUUAACAUUUAAGAGAAUAAGAAAAAAAAAAACAACACGUACACAACGUACACAACUUACAUUAAAAGAAAUAAAAAAAACAACUAACUUUAGCUGAUGAAAAUUUGAAGCAUGAAGAAAAUCCAUAAACAUUACAUUUAAUAAGAAUUUAACAUUUAAGAAGAGCAUUUAUAUUAAUUAUAUAUUAAUUACAAAUUCAUUAUUACAUUUAAUAUGAAGAAAAAAUGCAAAAAAAAAACAUCUCAACGUUUAACUUUUAGCGUUUUUGAAACAUUUGCAACAAGGACACUAAUUCAUCUCUUCUCCUACAGGAAGAAAACGAAAAAAGGAAAGAAAUUAAAAGAUGUAAGAUAAAGAUACAGACAGAUUUAAUAUAUUUCGAAUUUCGAUCGAUUUCACACAUUCGAUUCAAUUCAUUUUUAUAUUAGGUAUAUGAAAGCAGAUGUGUAUAAACAAAAGGAGAGAUUUAUAUUUUAAAAAAUUUAUUACGUAUGAUAUGCAAAGAUGGAUGUGGGAGGAUGUUGUGGAAUACUUAAAAGUACAACGUGCUUUCGCGACCAAGUCGUGCCCCCCCUGCCGCUUCAUUUCGAACGUUUCUCGUAGUGAUAGGCAUACAUAAAAGCAAACAUGUGUUCAAUUUAAUUAUUAUAAAUAAUUCGCGCUAGUUGUUUAGGCUUAGUGUAAAUAUAUUCCCCUUCUACAGUUUAAGCAGACUCUAAACGGGCGGUUUCAUUUAACUCGAGUUCAAAGCUUAUUAACUUAUUAAUAUUAUUGGCCAGUAAUUGAAAUUAAAUCGAUUUACCAAGUCAAUCAUAUUAAUAGCGUUUAAAGCAUUUAGUCGACUAGAGAUUGGAAUGCAUUGAACGGUAUUAAUAUGAUUUACUGGAAAAUCACAAAAAACGUAAAGAAAUUAACAAAAUUGUUGAGAAUUUAUAUAUCUAGGCAAAUAUUUAUCAAAAUUUGAAGCGUGGACGCAAUGAUGGCGUUGUUAGGAAAUUUUAUCAUUUGAAAACUUUACAAAAUUUGACACACGAUGUAUACUAGAAGGAAACGCGCAGUUUUCUUGUUAAAUAAAACAAUUAUUAACGAUUAGAAGGAACAAAACAAACAAAAAAUAAUUUGUAGCAAAUGAAAUCAAAUGAAAUCAUGCGUUGCAUGAUGAUUUGUUGCUUUGGGCUUUGAGCUUUUGCGCUUUUUCGGCUUGCGCUGAUUGCUUUCGAAAUUUAUUAUGAUUAAGAUUAAUUACACAUAAUUAGUAUGUAGGAUUCCGAGAGCAAACAAAGAGUCAGAACGUUUUUAUAUUUUUAUAGUUUACGAUUAGAGAUUUUUAUAUUUUGGAGUUUUGUUAGUUUGUGUAAGAGAUUUGUGCGGACGACUACGAAACAAAUUGAAUGCUGGUUUUCGCAACGAUUCGAAGCAGUAUUUGGAAUUUCGAUAAACUGUGCAAUAAAAACUUCUCUUUUUUUAAUAGAUCGAAAGCUAAACAAUAGAUUCAAUUAUUUUACAGUGCAAUAACGUUUAUUGAAUAUUUUUUCGAAUCGGUGCGAAAACAUGUUGAGAGCAAAUAAUUUUAACAACUGUUAUGCCUGUUUUAUUUGUGUAUUUUAUGUUUUAAUUCUAUAGACGCGUUUAUAUUUUUUUAAACUCGUUUUUCAAAUUUUAUUUUUAUUUCUCAAAGUAAUUUUUUGUAUGAAGCGUGUAUACUUUUGUAAACGAUUAGCUGUAAGCUCUUUUACAAAGAAUUAACGAAACCAAAAAUGAAACGAAUGAAUUUGUGCUUCCAGAACAUUUAUAAAAACAAAUUCAUUUCUCAUCAAAUGCACGGAGGUGACUAGGAGAAGAGAUGAAAGCUGAUCAAACGAGUAUAUAAAAAAGAAAAACAUAAUGAAGAAGAGGAAGAAGAGAGAAAACAAAAACAAAUCUGUUACGUUUAGUCAUAUUAGCUGUUUAGGUAGAAUCCGUACGAAUGUGUCAAAAGUAUUAACUGAAGACUGUGCAUACAAAAAAUAUGGCGCACAUCCCCGCCGGAUACUAGGCUAAAUAUGUCACUGUUUUAUAUAUAAAUUGCAUAAAAAACGAAAUACAAAAAAACUUCCCCCAACGCGUUUUGGGCGAGUAUAGUAGCGAAGUGAACAAACGAGUCAGACGGACACGGAUGGACAAAAUCAAAAUGAAAUUCGAUCAAAAAACAAACAAAAAACAACAACAACAUAACACUCACACGCAUAAUAUACACACUUCAAUACACUUUUAACAAAAAUGAAAAGCAUUUUAAGCUCUGGUCCCGGACGUACUAUACGCAAGGCACUCUGUGGGUCCACGUUGUAUUGACGUCCGUGUAGGAAACAAUGGAAAACAAGCGACGUAAACGUAAUUAACAUUAAUCUUUAAUCUUUAAACAAAAUGUAAUUUGAAGGAAGAAAAAGUAUUAUAGGUAAUUAUAUUUUUGAGAAAGUGACCUUGGAUAUAAAUUUUUUCAAGAAAAACGAAACGAAUAAUAAAUUUUGCAACUAUUGCAAACACGCAAAUGCUGUGCAGUCGACACACUCACACACGCAAAGAGAAAAAAACAAAUUAAAACAAUUAAAUUGUUGAAUUGAUAUUUAGACAAAAAUUGAUCGAGCAUCAAUCAUGCAUGAACGACGAACGUGUUUGAGGCGCAAUGUUCGCUACAGAAAUGAAAGCAAAUUAUGCAACGAUUAGUCUUUGUACGCAAGUGUAUAAAUUAAAAUUUUUCGAUAAUGAUGACCGCAUUGAUAGCGUAUACUUGAGAUUAGUUUCAUUCAUUCAUGGUUGGAUGCUUACUUAGAUGAGAUUUUAUUCGUAUAUCAGUCGACUGGAGUUUCACUCUUUCCUUGUAAGCUUUGCUGCAGAGAUCCACUUGUGAAUUGAGCCAAAUAAUCAAAUGAGUUGAAUUAAACGAUUUCGUUGAGCGCGAUAAACAUGAUAAGGCAAAAUUAGUUAGGCGAUAGCACGUAAAAGAGUACGAUUGAUAAGAUAUCUAGUGAAGUAACGAGUUAGGUGGUAAUUAUUAUAAAGAUAACAAACAUUGUGAUAUGAGGGUGAUUCGAAACAAAGCAGAUACAGAGAGAUAAGGUUUAUAAACUAAUUUAAUUAAAGAAGUAAAAGAGUAGCUAAGCGCUAAGCGAACAAAACACUUAACUUAAAAUGUAUUAUUAAAUUUAUUGUAAAUGUGUGUGAAACUUAGGAGAAUAUUUUGCAUUCGAACAGCAAGUUUAUACUUUUGUUGGCUCAAUUUCCAAGUGGGUAGUCAGAAAUUACAUCCUUAUAAAAGAGCAUUCCUUCUUGAUGCAUUCUAUAUUUCUACUCUCUACUUUGCCGCCGCCGCCCCUCUUCCCAGAAGUUGUAAGCCCGCCAGAUUUGUAAUUUAUAAAUUUCCUUCCUCAAAUCGCUCAGCCGACACCACUCACAUUUGAUCGAACACACUCGAAGUUGAAAACUUGGAUAGCGAACAGCGAUAAACCAGAGAAAUGCAAGAUUACAUUAAGCAAAUUUACUCUAGUGCGUAUAUUUAAGUAAAUACAAUGUGUGCGAAUGCGGCGUGUGUGGCUGACGACAAGAAAGAAAAAAAUAAGAAACGAUUUAAAUUAUUCUGUAAAUGUGUACGUUUUUUCGAAUGUGCGAGAAUGUGCAAACCAACCCCCAAUGAGUGUGUAAAUGCGGACAAAAGUAAUAAGUGAAGCAAGAAAAAAUGCAGAAGAAUCGAUUUAAGUGUUUAUGUAUUUGUAUAGAUUUUUAGUGUUGACAUAUUUGAUGAUAAAAUGAUUGCGGGACGAUGAUGACGAUGAUGAUACAGACGAGAUGGCAGAAGAAUGAUGCAUUUUGUACAGCUGCAUGCUUUGUUAUGAUUAUAAAUUUGAGACUCUUUCGAUUCCGAUUCGAUUCUGUCGUUCAUUCAUAUUCUCUAAUUCAGCUAACAACUUAUCAACUUAAACGGCAACAACUAAAUUGAACCUGCUUGAAAUUUGACGCGAAAAACUCCAUAAAUAUCUUCCAAGAACACAAGUCAAGCAAUUUUAGCGACUUGACAUUUGAUAUUGCACUUAAAAAUCCAGUUCAACGUCAAAGUUCAACGCAUAAUUGAGAAACAGUUGCAGAUUUCAUUUCGGUCAGAAUUCGCAUUCAAAUAAUUUCGAAUGAAAUGAUAUCAGAAGAUCGACUUAUUGAAUGCAAACCUAUGCGCGUAAAGUAAAAUUCACCUUGAUGUUCACGAAUCCCUUUAUGAAAAAAAACCACCCUCUUAAUUACCUAAAUUAAUGAUGAAGCGUAACGAGUAACCUAUAAUGAAUAAAAUACAAGUAAAAAUAAAUCAACACAAACUGUGAGGUGCGGAAUUGAUUUUUGUACAGUUUUAUAUGUUCAAAACGAGCGAUCGAGCAUCACCGACAAACCAAACCUACGAUUGUCAUUGAUAAUGCUAAGAUGAAUACAUUUAACAAUAAUGACAUUCAUUCACACACGCGAUGAGCAAACAAACGAAGAUAACAGUAGUUUUACUACCUAAUAAUACCUAAAUAAAGAAUAAACUGAUUGGUAUCAUUUGCUCGUACGGAAAAUAGUCAAGUAAUUCAUGAUAAUUCCUAUUUGAAACUUUUCUUCCUAUUACUCACACACGCAAAUUGUACAACAGUUUUGUAAGAUAAUUCAUAUUUUUUGUAACUUAUUUUUGUUAUAAACAAACGGAAUUCGUAAGGGAUUGUAAAUGUGACAUUAAUGUAACAAACUAAACAUUGUGAGAAACCAUACACGUGAAUUUUAUCGAAAUGAUAAACAAAUACAUUGAUUUCUGUUCAUUGCCAGCGGACAACAAAAUAUUAUUGUUAGUAACGAUAAGUACACCAAAGUUGUCCUAUGUAAGCAUAAUAUUUCUAAUUUAAAAAAGUAUUUAGUGCCAUAUAUGAAAUUACGUCAAUAUUGCAUUCGCCAUUGAAACGAUUUCAGUGUUUUUAUUCAAUUUAUUUUACGCUUUUGUGUUUAGUGUUUCCGUAAUAAAAUGUUAUUUAUUAAGGCCGUUGGCAAUGCACAGAAUGAACAUCGAAACACAUGACGCCAUCUAGAUUUUAACUGCUGGCGCCGUCUGUCUGUCGAUAGCUGACAAUGUGCGAACACAAACGAUGAUCAAUGACGAGAGCGUGAAAAAAAUCGAAAAUCGAGAAUAUGAUAUGUAAAUGUAAUUAUAGUUCACUAUCUGUGUAUAUUAUUCAUUCGAAAUCGUCAUGUCAGUUGUUCUAGGUGUACGAUUAUAUCAAGAUAACGAACAUUUUCUUCACACAUACACGCAUUACACACUCGAUUUUUCGAUUCGAUUAUUCGAUUUUUACCACUCACACUGUAAAUGAGAAAAAAACAAGAAACUUAACCAACCAAGAAACAACAAUGUCGAAGAUGAAUGACAUUGAUACACACGAUGAUGAGAUGAAGGAUGACGAAGACGAUGAAAGAACGAAGAUGGAUACAAAUUAUUAUUAUUAUUACAUUAAUUAUAAUUAUUAUUAUAAAUGUGCGACAUCCGAGUGACGUGAGGAGACAGACAAAAUGAAGCAGAUGAAUGGUGAUGAUGAUUACGAUGAUGAAAAUAAGUCGGCCGAGAGAUUUCGUACGCAUAGCUUGUAUUUCCGCUCAGUGCAAAAAUAAACGUACGUUCCUGUUAAAAAUUUAA